AUGAAAGCACCCGACUCUUUCCGGAACCCUGCUUUCUGGUGCGACUUCCACCGAGACCACGGUCACAAAACUGAAGACUGCGUCGCACUAAAGAUCGAGGUCAACGAGCUGCUUAAGAAAGGACACCUCACGGAGUUCCUUUCUGAGAAGGCCAAGAGCAAUCUAAGCAAGGAGACAACGGGUAAGCCCACUGAAACUGCUCCCGUCUCGCCACCGCGACAGGACCGAGUGAUCCAUGUCAUAUCGGGCGGUUCGGAAAUCAGCGGCAUAAGCCAUGCAGCCGCGAAGAAAAUCACCUGGAACGCUAAGCACGGCCUAGAGGCAGCCAAGCCAAAACGCCUGCUCCUAGGAGCGGACGAAAUAAGCUUCACGGCCAAGGAGCAGGAGAAAGUUCUCACCCCGCAUCACGACACCCUGGUCAUAUCGCUCACCGUAGCGAACUGCCUGGUAAAAAGGAUACUGGUAGAUAAUGGAAGCUCCGGCAACAUCAUCUUCCAUGCCGCAUACAAGGACCUGGGGCUGGAGGAAAGUGCUCUAACUCGGAGGAUAACCUCCCUUAUAGGGUUCAGCGGGGAAGUCAAACAAAAAGCCGAGGAAGUAACCCUCCCCGUAUACGCUGACGGAGUCAACAUGUCAACAAAGUUCCUCGUUGUCGACUGCGACUCAUCUUACAACAUGAUCCUAGGACGGCCUUGGAUUCACGGCAUGGGGGCCGUCCCCUCGACUGUUCACCAAAUGGUGAAAUUCCCUACACCCUGGGGCAUAAAGGCAAUCAGAGGGGAUCAGGAGUAUUCCCGCUCCUGUUACCAGACCACUAUGAAAGGAAAUACCCAGGUCUUAUAG